CUCUUUUUAAAUAACGCUGAAUUUCAGAUAAUAUUAAACAGCACAAUACAUAUAGAAAAGAGUUUCAUGUAUGAUGUUGUGCAUCCCUGGAUCCAUACUGGUCUUCUCACUAGUGGAGGGAUCAAGUGGCAUUCACGACGAAAGAUGUUAACUCCCUCAUUUCAUUUCACUAUAUUGCAGCAGUUUACUGAGAUCUUGAUAGAGGAAGCCGAGAACAUGGCCGAGUCAUUGAAAGAUACAGGGGGCACAGUUGUAAAAGAUUUACUACCAUUUUUCAGUGAACAUACGCUACAUGCAAUAUGUGAAACUGCUAUGGGCACUUCUAUAAAAAGUCUCGGUGAGUUUCAACAACAGUAUCGACAAGCGGUUCAUCGGAUGGGCGAACUGUUAGUUUAUAGGUAAUUAUAUUUUGGGUAAUUAUGCAUAAAAAGGGCCUCCUCUCCGAUUUGCUUGAUUUUUAACCCUAGACCGCACCUCUGACUUCUUUUACCUUCUAACGCACCUAUGGGGUCAAUAUCGACCCCACUUUUUUUUAAUUGUAAAACCGGUCCUACAGAGAUAAAGGGCCUUAAUAGUACAUGAAUUUCUUCGUUUUUUAAUAAAGAAGAGAAUGGUAUGCGAUAAAUUUAGUUUCACUCAAGUUUAGUUAAGAAAUAUCCAUUUAAAGACCGAACAAUGCAGAAAAUCAGCAAAAACCUCAUUUUUUAAACAAAAAUUUGUAUCUUUUUUUGUAAUCAACCGAUUUUCAAAAUUCAAACAGGAUUUUAAAGAGGACACAUUAGACUAUUGGAAAAAUUGUCAUUGCUAUGUUCUGUUCAAAAAGUGUAUUUAUUUGGGACUAUGAAAAUGAAGAAAUUCGCAAAGUUGAAAUAUGGAAAAAGUCGAGGAAAAAACCAUAAAAAAUU